AUGCUUAGCAAGGGCCUUUCUAUCGCCCUCCUGGUCUUGCAGGGACUGGCAAUGGUAGCAGCCCAAAGCUAUGGUACCGAGAAAGUAUGGGGAGUCUACGCAUUCACCGUCUUUGGAGACAGUACGCCGGGUGCCCUCACCGGUUCUCGCACCCUCACCGAGUACGGAGCCAGCGAAAUGGCGGCAGCAGCAGCAGCCUUCCGGUAUCGUUAUGUAUCGACGGCUGGGAAUGGUGCCUCCAACACUGGCAUUCAGAACAUCUCGCCAAACAUUCUGGACUCGAACGAUGUGCAUGUGCUUUCGACGACGGAUCAGUACAUCGUUGCUUCCGCUCAGGCGUUCAUGCAGGGUCUCUAUCCCCCUGUCGAUAUGAACACAACCAGCGCUCAAUUGGCAAAUGGGUCGUACGCACAGGCACCGAUCAAGGGAUAUCAGUAUCCUGUAAUUAUAGCACUCGGCGGCUCGGAUCCUGCGUCUUUCUAUGUUGAGGGACAAGCAAAUUGUGAAAUGCAUGGAGCCGCCGAGGCUGAAUAUCGUGACAGCGAGGAAGUGGAUUUGAUCACACGGGACACAGAGGCUUUUUAUGUGAAACUCUGGAACUCAGCCCUGUCUGGCGUUUUUGAGGAUGAACGCUCAUCGACAUAUACAAACGCGGUGCCCAUCGCAGAUUAUUUGGAUUACGAGCUUGUGCACAAUGAGUCAUUGACUAAAGUGCUCAACCACGCCGACAUCAUCCGUGCACGCUCGCUGGCUGAUAAGUUCCUAUACGACACAAACAGUCAACAGGACUCUUCCCGUGGGUCUAUUAUCAGAGCUGUCAGUCCGAUUGCGGGCAAGACGUUGGCAACGAGUAUCAUGGAAGCCUUCGAUAUGAACAUUCAAGAAAAUGGGUCUCAGCAGAAGAUGACAAUGCUGUUUGGCGGAGACGAGCCUGCUAUGGCUCUGUCAUCUCUGUUAGGGCUUGCAAACCAGCACCAGACCAAUUUCUUCUCUCGCCUUGUACGGGGUGGUUCGUUUGUCUUCGAGUUAUAUAGCUAUGAAGAGGAUGAGGAGUACCCCACGUACCCAGGAAGUGACAAUCUCUAUGUCCGAUUCCUGCUGCACAAUGGAACCGAUGAUACUACGGAGUUCCAGCCAUAUCCUCUGUUUGGCCACAGCCCCAGUCACUCCUAUAUUCGAUAUAGUGAGUUCCGCGCUGAGCUGGAAACUUUUGCGCUAUCCUCCAUUCAGGAAUGGUGCCUAGUGUGCAACUCUGCAUCUAUAUUCUGCACAGGAGUGAUGGGUACAGAUAAUUCUGAACCAGAGAAGAAAAGGAGUAUGGCGCCUGCCGUGGCUGGCGUCAUUGGUGCAGUUGUGACACUGGUUGUUGUUGGGCUUUUUACUGUCAUUGGCUUUCUUUUGUGUGGUGUUCGCAGGCGCCGAGAGAGCAAGCGAAGUUUGGGCGGGUUCAAAGGGACAGACAAGAUGGCCAGUGAUACGGACGUUGCUUUCCGUAGCCCUAUCUGGGGUGGUGCCAAGACCGAAAAUCAAAUCCAGGAUGCCUCUGCUGGAGUUGUUGUCCAGGGACAUGAACGGCUUGGGAGCUGGGAAAUGGGUCAACAAGGAAAAGAGGUUGAUCACAUUGGAUCAGAUACUGCUGCAAGAUCGCGGUUUGAGGACGCUGAAGAGGACUGGGGUUUGCACAGUCUUCAGCCGGUUAAAAUCAGGGAAAGCGUAUAG